CUUUUACUGGAAUUCUUCCUUAAACAAACACCAUAUAAUAUUCCCUUUUUUCUUAUUUCAUUCUCCUAUUUUUAGUCACUUUAUCAAGUAUCAAGAUUAAGGUUAGAUUAUGGGAGAAGAAGAACAUAACAAGAACACCCCUUUACUCCAAUCAUCAUUAACACCCCAGAAGAGAACUGGGACAUUAUGGUCAGCAGUAGCACACAUUAUAACAGGAGUGAUAGGGUCAGGAGUGCUAUCAUUGGCAUGGAGUUUGAGUCAAUUGGGUUGGAUAGGAGGUCCAAUUGCAAUGCUUGUCUUUGCUUUCAUCACCCUCCUUUCUGCAUUCCUCCUUUCUAAUUCUUACAAAUCUCCUGAUCCUGAAUAUGGCCCUCUUCGUAAUCCAUCUUAUCUUGAAGCUGUUCGCUUCAAUUUAGGAGAGACGAGGGCUUGGCUUUGCGGUUUCUGUGUGCAUAUUAACUUAUUUGGGAUAGGAAUUGCUUAUACUAUCACUUCUGCUAUCAGCAUCAGGGCGAUACAGGAAUCGAACUGUUAUCACAAUCAAGGCCAUCAGGCAGACUGCAGUUUUGGGGAUACUCAUUACAUAUUAAUCUUUGGAUUUGUACAGAUUCUUAUGUCUCAGAUACCAAAUAUGCAUGACAUAAAAUGGGUUUCACUGAUAGCUGCAAUUAUGUCAUUUACCUAUUCCUUCAUUGUACUUGGACUUGGAACCAUUCAUGUUAUAGAAAAUGGUAUGAUUAAGGGAAGCAUAAAAGGAACACCCACCAAAACUGUCAUGGAAAAAGUGUGGCUGGUUGCACAAGGACUGGGAGAUAUAGCAUUUGCUUACCCAUACUCCUUAAUUCUUAUUGAGAUUCAGGAUACUCUGAAGUCACCUCCGUCAGAGAAUGAGACCAUGAAGAAGGCUUCAACGAUAUCUGUUGCAGUGACCACCUUGUUCUAUCUCCUUUGUGGAGGGUUUGGGUAUGCUGCUUUCGGGGAUGAUACACCAGGAAAUCUUAUGACAGGAUUCUAUGAGCCGUAUUGGCUCAUCGGCCUUGCUAACGUGUGCAUUGUUCUUCACCUUGUUGGAGGAUAUCAGGUAUUCAGCCAGCCGCUCUUUGCAGCCGUUGACAGAUGGUUUGCUCAGAAGUUCCCUGAAAACGAAUUCAUCCACCAUUCACACACUUUGAAGCUUCCAUUGUUGCCGUAUUUGAGGGUGAACUUCUACAGGCUGUGUAUUCGAACAGUUUAUGUUGCAUCGACUACAAUCCUAGCAAUAGUAUUUCCCUAUUUCAACCAAGUGUUAGGGAUUCUUGGAGCUCUCAUCUUUUGGCCUUUAUCAAUAUAUUUCCCUGUGGAAAUGUACUUGAAUCAGAGAAAUAUUCAAGCAUGGACAGGAUGGUGGAUUUCUCUAAGAACUUUCUCUUAUGUUUGCUUAGUGGUUACGUUAUUUGCUCUAUCGGGAUCAAUUGGAGGGCUUGUAAAUGCAAAAUUAAGUUGAGAGUUUACUGUUUUCGUGAUCGUUGUAUUAAAGGAGACACCGGAAGAUUUGCUUAAGAUCUCAUGAAGGUGACCUUUACACAUAGUGUAGUUUGUUUGUUUUUUUGGUGCAAAUGAGCACAAGUGCAAUAAUAAAUUAUAAAUAGGGAUUCAAAUCUGCGACUUAUUGUACACAUACCCUCAAUUAGACCAAGACAUUAUUGGUACAGAAAGUGCAGUUUGUAAAUAAGUGUUUUGCUUACUUAAGAAGUUUGUCAAGAGAUUUGUAUUGAA